AUGGCAGCGCGCCUCUUACUCGGGAGGAUCCAGUCGGCCGGCCGUCUUUCCGGCGCCCACCGUGGCCCGCGGCUGCUCCGAUGUCCUCUUCCACCGGUGGGGGAUCGAUCGGUCUGCAGCAACGCGUACGGGCGGGAAAUCAAGACAGACACCAGGAUCACGGAACAUGAGCCGCAUCUCUACAGAUUUUCAGACCCCCAGGUUGCUCAUGAGCACCAACAGUUCGUUCAGUUCCUCGACAGGAUGCUGGACGCGAUAAGGAAUCCCCAAAGUCUUGCACAGAUGCAGCGCCGGAGGCUUGCCAGUGGGCUGAAAGUUUUGGAUGAUGACAUAUGA